AUGUCGCAAAAUUAUUAUGAUGUUAGUUCUUUUUAGUUUAGAUUAAUUUGUUUUUCAACUAAAAAAUUAUCGAUUUCAGUUCGAUGAUUAUUUGGAUGAACCAUUAUUACUUCGAUCUUCUUCUUCCUCUACAUCUCCUUCAAAAUUCAAACAUUCAAAAAAGUAUCUUGUAUUAUUUGCAGUUAUGUUAACAAUAUUUUUAUUGCAAAUGUCAUUAUUCAAAAAAAGUUAUCAAACAGAAGUUCCAAAGUUUGUGGAGAAUCCGAAAUUUUUAGGUGCCAAAAAUAUAGCAGAAUGUGUGAGAGAAUAUAACAAAAUUAUUGAUUUUAAUACUCCUGAAAAUGUUGAUAAGGUUUAUCCGCAUCAUAUUAAAGUUCUUGGAGCGUUGGGAGAUUCCAUCACGGUGAGAGAAACUUCAAAAAAAACGGGGGAUAAUUUGGAAAUUUUAGGCAGGAGCACUUUCGAUGAUUGAUGAUACACGUCAUGUUGAAUUUUCUUUUAUUUCUGGAAAUGAGCCAAUCGAAAAACAAAUUUCAAUUUAUUGUAAGUUUUUACUCUCGAAGCAUAGAAAACCUAAAAUUUAGCAAUCCUGCAACAUCUACGGCCUGAAAAUUCAACCCUUCUCAAUUAUAACUUCGCUCAACCUGGUGCCACUUCAGAAGAUCUGAUGAGACAAGCAACAUAUCUAGCAUCAAAAAUUGAAACUCGAAAACAAGAUUGGAAAAUAAUAACAAUUUUCAUUGGAACAAAUGAUGUUGGAAAUUUAGGACUAGGUUUUGCACCGCCUAUUGGAUCUGAAAAAUUCCGAAAAAACAUCGAAAACUGUUUGGAUUAUAUUGAACAAAUGUUACCAAACACAAUUGUUAUGCUUAUUGGCCUUCCAAAGCCUCAACUAUUUCUAGAAGCAAGAUCUUUGUGGAUUGAGAAGUAAGUGUUUUACAGUAAUCUAACGUAAAACUUUUCUGUUCUUUCAGUAAACGCGCAAGAUCGAAAAGUUCUCAAAAAGCAUUAGAUGAUUUAUUGGAGUCUUACCAAAAAGUGUUGUAUGAUCUACAAGAAAAAUAUUCCAAAGACCGUAAAAAAUUCAGUGUUGUUGUUCAACCAUUCAUAACGGAAUACAAUAUAAUAUUCACUGAUGAUAAAGGAAAACCAAGUAAAAUAUUUUAUUCCGAUGACAUUUUUCAUCCAAGUAAACUUGGACAUUCAAUAAUGGCAAAGCAUUUGUGGAUCAAUAUUUUCGAACCAGUUGGGAAGAAAACAACAAAUGCAACUCUUGGUGAUUUUUCACAUUCGAUUCAAUGUAUUUCGAAAGAUAACUCUUUGAUUCGCACUCCUAAUAAUAGCUUUAAUAAAUAA